AUAAUCAGUCGCGGCGAGGCGAGGACGAAGAACUCAAACUCAAAUCAGUUGACAUUGGGCUGUGAAACUUAACGAUCGUUGUUAUUGUACUUUUUAAGCGCUAGUUAAAAAACAACAUGCCCAACAUACAUAAUUUUGGUGCUGGUCCAGCCAAACUACCAGAGGAAGUUUACGAAAUACUUAGGAGUGAGUUAACUAAUUUUAAUGGAUCUGGCAUCAGCUUAUUGGAGACCAGCCACCGCUCAGCAACAUAUUUGAAAUUGAACACAGACAUUCAAAAUGUUGUAAGGAAUUUACUAAAUGUUCCCGAUAACUACAAGAUUUUAUUCAUUGCUGGGGGCGGCCAGGGUCAAUUUGCUGCCGUGCCAUUGAAUUUAAUAUCUAGAACAGGGACUGCUGACUAUGUUGUCACAGGAGCUUGGUCUGAGAAAGCUGCAAAGGAAGCCAAAAAGUAUGGAAAGGUCAAUUUGGUUCUGCCUGAAACUGACAAAUACACCGGGAUUCCAGACCAGUCUUCAUGGAAGUUCGACCCCAACGCAUCGUAUGUACACAUCUGUGGAAAUGAAACUAUUCAUGGUGUUGAAUUUGACUUUAUUCCGGACACCAAGGGAGUCCCACUAGUGGCUGAUAUGUCUUCCAAUUUCAUGUCCAAGAAACUUGAUGUCUCCAAAUUUGGAGUUAUCUAUGGUGGUGCUCAAAAGAACAUUGGAACAUCCGGUGUUGCUUUAGUAAUUGUCAGAGAAGACCUCCUGAACAAGGCUCUGCCAAUCUGCCCAUCAAUUUUGGACUGGACCAUCACUGCUAAGAAUGACUCCAUACUUAACACUCCUCCUAUGUAUGCCAUCCACAUUAUGGGCCGUGUCCUAGAAUGGAUCGUGAGACAAGGAGGCCUGGACAAGAUGGCCGAAAACGCCACGAAGAAAUCCUCCAUGGUUUAUGACGUGAUCGAAAACUCAAAUGGCUUCUACUAUGCACCAGUAGCAAAGAACUCUCGCAGUAAAAUGAACAUCCCAUUCAGAAUUGGCUCUCCUGAUGGCAAUGAUGCUUUGGAAAAGGAAUUCCUGAAAGGCGCUGAAGCAUUGAACCUUAUACAGCUGAAGGGACACAGGGCCGUGGGUGGAAUCCGGGCAUCCACAUACAAUGCAGUAACUUUCGAGGAUGUGAACGCUCUUGUUUCAUACAUGAAAGAUUUCGCGAAGAAACAUGCCAAGUAAUUUACUUUAAAAAUUAAAAGUGGUAUUAUUAUGCUCAUCAAAAUGUAAAAUCGUAUUGUUUACGUUAGUCAGUAACAUCUAUAAUUUGUAUGUUAAGUUUCAUAUUUUUGUAUCAAUACAAAAUGUUAAUCUAAGGACUUUAUUUCGUAUUGUAUAAUGGCUGUGUUGGAAAACAUUCAAAAUUCAAAAUAAAUUUAAUUUACCUAAUUUA